AACUAUUGAUUAAUUCAUCUUAUGAAUAUUGCUGACUCUUGUGGUAUCUUUAUCGUAAAGUUUCCCAUAUACAUAUUUUAAUAAAAAUAGGGUGCGACACACAUUGGUCAUGUAUGGCAUCUUUAAUAUAUGUUACUCUUUCUACUUAAGUCCUAGUAGUCGUAGUUAAAUUUCAAUAUGAAAAAAUAAAAUAAAAUAAAAAAAUGACAGGUGGGGCCGUUGGAUAAAUUCACAUUGUCUUGGAUCUAAAAAAAUGGCUUAUAAAUAGAACCCCAAUACAACACAUUCAAAUCAACAGUUCGCAAUAUUACAAUCUUUCUCUUCCAAGAUCAGUUUUCGUAUAAUCUAUUAGUAAUUAUAUAUAUAAGUUUUCUCAAGCUAAUAGAAGUUGAGAAGACUCUUCUACUAUAAUAUAUAGAAAUUAAUUAAAUAUGGGUUCAAGUCCUCAGGCCAGAGGACUGAUGGGAGCGUUAAUGGUACGCUCCUUGAUUCUGUUAUCCCUUCUGGCCGGGGCAGUUGUUGGUGGUCGAAAUCAGGUUCGACACUACAACUUCGAUGUUGAGUACGUUUUUGGGGCACCAGAUUGCAAGGAGCACGUGGUGAUGGGCAUCAAUGGCCAGUUUCCAGGGCCUACUAUUAGGGCAAAGGCAGGCGACACUGUCGUCGUUCACCUCACUAACAAGCUCCACACCGAGGGCGUAGUCAUCCAUUGGCAUGGAAUUAGACAGUUGGGUACUCCUUGGGCAGAUGGUACAGCCUCAAUCUCCCAGUGUGCUAUCAACCCUGGGGAAGUAUUUACUUAUAGAUUCCUAGUUGAUAAGCCGGGAACAUACUUUUACCAUGGACACUACGGAAUGCAAAGAUCAGCAGGGCUAUACGGGUCAUUAAUUGUUGACGUGGCAGAAGGAGAGAGGGAGCCCUUCCACUACGAUGGCGAGCUCAACCUUUUACUCAGCGAUUGGUGGCACCAAAGUGUUCACGAGCAAGAGGUUGGUCUCUCUUCGGCGCCAAUGCGUUGGAUCGGUGAACCACAGAGCUUGUUACUGAAUGGUAGAGGACAAUAUAACUGCUCAUUGGCAGCGCAAUAUAGCAACUCCUCCUCUAAGCAGUGCAAGUUAAGGGGUGGAGAAAAGUGCGCACCCAUGAUUAUGAACGUGCAACCAAAAAAGACAUACAGGCUAAGAAUCGCUAGUACCACUGCACUAGCUUCCCUCAACUUGGCAAUUGGGAAUCACAAAAUGUUGGUAGUGGAAGCAGAUGGAAACUACGUGCAACCAUUCUUAGUGGAUGAUUUGGACAUUUAUUCAGGGGAAAGUUACUCAGUCCUAAUAACCACAAAUCAAAACCCUAAAAACAAUUACUGGGUCUCAGUUGGAGUUAGAGGGAGAGAACCAAAGACCCCACAAGGUCUAACCCUCUUAAAUUACCUCCCAAAUUCAGCAUCAAAACUCCCCGUUUCACCUCCACCAGUAACACCAAGAUGGGAUGAUUAUAACCACAGUAAAACCUUUUCAAAAAGCGUGUUGGCCCGAAUGGGAUCCCCAAAACCUCCAAGAUUUUACAACCGUAGGAUGAUCCUCCUCAACACACAAAACAUGAUCAACGGUCACACGAAGUGGGCCAUAAACAAUGUCUCUUUAGUACUACCAGCCACCCCAUAUUUGGGCUCAGUCAAAUUUUUACUGAACCAUACCUUUGAUCAGAGGAGCCCACCAGAAAGCUACCCGGCCAAUUAUGACAUCAUGAAGCCACCUGUCAACACCAACACAACAACUAGCAGUGGGGUCUACAGGCUCAAGUUCAAAUCAACGGUGGAUGUUAUACUCCAAAACACGAAUGCUAUAAAAGCCAAUGUUAGCGAAAUUCACCCGUGGCACUUGCACGGCCAUGACUUUUGGGUUUUGGGUUACGGAGAAGGUAAGUUUUCAAAGAAUGAUGAGAAAAAGCUUAACCUAAAGAACCCGCCUUUAAGAAACACGGCUGUGAUUUUCCCUUACGGAUGGACUGCCCUUCGAUUUGUGGCGGACAAUCGUGGAGUUUGGGCUUUCCAUUGCCAUAUUGAGCCUCAUUUGCAUAUGGGUAUGGGAGUGAUUUUUGAUAUUGAAGGUCGUUUUGUUAGGGGCAUACCUAGUGAGGCUCUUGCUUGUGGUGCCACUGGGAGAAUGAUGACCAAAGAUGGCAAGUAUCAUUAAAAGUGAUUAAUUAUUAAUUCCCUUUAUUGUGAAAAAAGGGAAGUGAUGUGUUAUAUGUGUGUAAUGAGUUAUAGUAUAGUUAAUUAUUACUAUACUCUAGAGUCUAGGUGAGAAAUUAAGUUUGUAAUAUGCUUUUGAAGGGUUUUAGGUAGAGUAGAGUAGAGCUUUAUUUAUCUUGUUGUGACCUUUUCCAUUAGAAUGUAAUGAGUGAGAGUGUAUGAGUGAGAGUCGGGAGGAUGGUUUGUCUUUGUAGGCUUUUUGUGAAAUGAAAUGCUAAUUUAUCUAGCCA